CAAGUUUUUCUAACGAGUCUUCUUUGACUAAUUUAAGUUAAAUUCGUGUAUUUUGAAUCCCCGAGUUUUUAAAUUCAGUUUCUUUUAUCGUCCGCUAAACUCACCAACACUUACUUCAUUGAAACCUAACCUAGUUCAGUGAUUUCCCCACGUAAAAUGCAGUGCCGAUUGUCGUGAAAGACAAUGUUUUUGUGUUUCGUUCUGCGAUUCGGGCUCGUGAAGGAACAUUUUUCGUGAGCCCUUCCGCGGGUUCCGUCCAGGGUGUGAUGAUCCUCGAAAGAGAGGAGUAGAGGGUCAGGAUUUCUUUGACCAAAUUUUCGACCGCAAUGGCAUAAAAGCACCCUGUCGAACCAUGGAGGCGGACAUUGACGUUGUCAAAGGGGAUGGGGGUGGUGAAAAUGGUCCAGGAUGCUCCGGGUACUCGAGUAUGGUACACAGUAAAAAGGUCAUCAAACAUGCUCUUCGUCAGCAGGCAAAAAGACGAAGAAAAAAUACCACAAUCGCGGCUGGAAAUUCUCGUACUUUGCCACGCAUCGUCGUCAAACCCUUGCCGCCACCUCCUCCCAACGAUCCACCCUCGCCUGUCAAUAAUAUUCAGCAUGUUAAUUCAGCUGUUGAAGAACCUGCUGCAACGAUGCGGGAAGUAUUGGCCAGUUUACCAGGCUUCAGUUUAAAGUCUGGCAGAAGACGAUCGACGAAAAGAUUGUCAGCUGCAGCACAAUUGGAAGCAGGAUUAGUUGAUCUUGAAACUCCAGCUAGUAUUAUCGCCAGUACGAGUUUGCGAGCUUUACUAAAUAAGCCUACUUUCCAAGGGCUUCCUCCUUUGUAUCAGAGGAAACUUGCCCAACUUUUACCCGCCGUCGACAGACAGGACGCCGCGACCUCAGGACUGAAUAACGAGUUUUUCGCGAGGGCCUGUUUGGAAUGGAGAAAACGACUCGCAGAGGGUGAAUUCACGCCCGAGAAUCAGCAGCGACUGAAAAUGGAAGCAGAGAGGGACAAAAAUAAGCUAGAUCCUUGGAAGCUGAAGCACUUUGAACCAAUUUGGGGAGAAAAGCGAGAACCGAAAUUAAGAUCAGGAUUGCAUUGCACCGAACCAAGAUCCGUUGGUGCUGUCACCCGUUCGGGUCAUCGUCUGCGACACGAGUCGAAUGUGGACCAAGUCAUGCCAGAAAAUCCACGUUGUCUCGCAGCAGUCGUCGAAGAAAAAAUGGAGGAAGUUAUCUGCAUCCCCGAGACAAUCGUUGAAGUUCCUGAGAACGUUCCGAGUGCCCCGGAAAUGCAACAGAACCCACUUGCGGAGUACGAUGAGACUGUACAAAUUUUGGAGGAAGAGAAUCUCCUAGAAGAGCCUGUUAAUGUAAAUAUAAAUCCCGAUGAAAUAAUGAUCAAAGAUUCUGUUGAAGAGGUUGAGGAAGAGGUUGAGGAAGAGGUUAAAGAAGAGGAGGAGGAGGAGGUUAAAGAGAUUUCUCAAAUCAAGCCUGAUGAUGUUGUUGAAGACAUUACUCCAGAAGUUGUUCAAGUUAAGGAUGCGAAUCAAGAAUUGAAGGAUGAAAUUGUUGAGGAGGUGAGUCAAGAAAUGAGCGAGAGCAUAGAGGAAAUUGAAGAGAUACAUGAGAUCCAUGAAAUUCAAGACCCUGAGGAGGAUAUUUCAGAGAGCAUGGAGAUUUCCCAGGCUGACGAGGUUUCUCAAAGUAAAGAGAUGUCGCAAAUUGAGGUUCAACUUCAAGAGGAGAAGAUCCAAAUUCACAGUGAAGACAUUGUCUGGGAGAAGAUGCAAAUGCAGGAACCGCCUAGUGAGGAAAUUGAAUGCUUGUCGCAUGUUUCUGAUGAAAUCUCUCAAACCUCGGAAGAAUGUAUAUCUCAGACGUCGGAAGAUCCGUCUCUGCAGUUUUCCAAGGAACAGUUCUCCCAACUCUCGAGUGAGCCAAUGUACCAACUGGAGUGUGACAAUAAUUCCGGUUCGCCGCAAGAUCAGGAUGCCACUUGUGAUCUGAUGACUGAUGAUUCCGAGAUUGUGAUUAAUCAGGACGAGAUUCAUGAGAUGCAGAGUGAAAUACAACAUGAAAUUCAUCCUGAAUUACAAAGUGAGAUGCACCAUGAAAUACAGCAUGAAAUUCAACAUGGCAUGAAAUAUGAAAUUCAACAUGAGAUACAAGCUGAGAUGCAGGCUGAGAUGAGAGCGGAAAUGCAGCCUGAGAUGCAAGCGGAUUUGCAGGUAGAGAUGCAAGCAGGUUUACAAAGUGAUAUUCAGUCAGAAAUUGAAGCUGAUAUGCAGGGAUCGAAUGAACAUACUCCGGAUCCUGAGCCGCAGAUUCCCGAAGGAAUGGAGAUCGAUAUCGAGACAUUGCAGCGGAUUCAUGAACUUGAGGUCCGAGGUGAAAUGCGAGAAGCUUAUGAAGAAAUUUGUCCGGAGGAAAUAAUCUAUCCGAUUUUAGAAGGAAUGGAAAUUGGUUCAACUGGUGAGGAAGAAACGGAAGCUUCAGUAGUUGCAGGGCCAGUGGAAGAUGUCGCAAUCCAAGAAGUUGGACAUCUAGCAGUUGUGAAUGAAGACGAGGCUCUUCGAGAAGCGAAUAAUUACGUUUGUUCCGAAAUGUUGGAAUGCAGUUGGGCUGUUGAUCCAAACGUUGGAACCGUUAACAAUAAUCCUAAUAACAGAGUUCAGGAAGAAAUGCAGGUUUCCUUGCCACUAGUAGCUGCCGCCCUGGACGGAUCCGUAGCCGCAAACAUUACCGUAACAACUCAGGACGAAUGCAGCGACACUUCAACGACUACAGACUCUACGAAUCCCUCACAAUUCAUCAGUUCAGAUGCUCAUACAGAAUCAAUCAACUGUAUACAAUUGCCAGUUGUUCAAAGUGCUCCAUUUCAACCAGAAACCUUAGCAAUCGGUACUCCAGUUACUAGUUGUUUGAUGAAGAACAUGCAGCAAUCACAGAGUUCGCCAAUCAUUGCUUUUCCACAAUUGCAAUCCAUUCGAUUCGUCCAGACAAAUUUUCAUUCAGGACACGGAACGACGCAGACCUUAAAUUCUGGUAAUGCUCUUCCUCCUCAGAUCCAAAGUCAGCAAAAUCCGCAACAGCAAAUCAGUAUUGUGAGGCCGCACGAGGAAAUGGUGCCGAUUGGAACUCAGGGCAAUGUAGUGCACAAUAAUCUGCAGAAUAGUGUUCAGAAUCCGACGCAGGAUAAUUUACAGACGACGGUUUCCGUCCAGGCGCAGAAUCAUGCGCCGGGUGCGAUUGUAAUUCAACAUCAGCCGCAGAUGGGGCCACAGCCGAGGCAAAUUGUUGCGACUUUGCAGCAGCAACAACAACAGCAGCAACAGUAUCCUGCUGUUACGAUUGCGUCGAGACCUUCUAGAUCGACUCAGGGAGGACAGAGGUCGAGGGGGAGUAAUAAGGAGCAAGGGGGAAGGUCGAGGAGUUCGACGAAAGAACCACCUGGGGCGGUCAAUUUGGAACGGAGUUAUCAAAUUUGUCAAGCGGUUAUCCAAAGCUCACCAAAUAGAGAUCAAUUAAAGGCACAUUUGAAACCACCACCGAGUUUAUUAGCAAGAGGCGAUGGAGCUUUUACGACAACGAAAUCCGGCGGGCGAACUAUCACUACAGUCAAGACUCAAAAAUCUCAAAAUUCGACAUCACACAAUAAACAGGCACAGAGUAAAGGGCAAGGUGUUAUGCUCAGACAUGUUUUUACCACUGCUCGUCAAACGGCGCCUGCAGAGGUAAGAACUCUGCUUAAGAGAAAACAUUCGGUAACGGAGAGCAACGCAGUGACCCAAAUAGGAUCGAAUGGAAACGGAGGCCUCGGACAAUACAUCCUCGUGCAAAGAACGGGCGUCGGAGAUGGCGCCCCACGUGCCUCUUCAGCGCCACCUUUGCCACCGCAAAUUGCAGGUAUGGGAGUAGGCGUGCACCUGGUGCGAGGAAGGCCAGCCAGUGCUGGUGAAGGAUCUCAUCAAGCCGUUACCCUAAAAGCGAGAGGGGCACUCGACGGCCGAGGAGGCGGGGGUGCCGAACCUGGAGCUCCUGGUAUAAUAAUGGGGGGCGAUCCUCCACCUCCCUGGGAAUGCAAUAUGCGAGGGGCGAUGGUCAUUUGUCGGCAAUGCGGCGCUUUUUGCCACGACGACUGCAUCGGACCUCAGCGUAUUUGCGCCACUUGUCUAAUUCGUUGAUCAUCCUAUCCUUCUUGAAUAUAAAUAUGUAUUCAGAGAGCUUAAGAGUCAGAGUGCCGAAUUCAGUUAUGAUUUAAUUUUACAAAUUUUAAUUCAAGGUGGCCACAGGACCGGGGACUGUUUGAUACCGACAAAACCCGGGAAGUGAAAAUGAAUUUAUUUUUUGACCAGGAAUUUUACUAAUUUCUAGAAUAUAAAUCUAUCUAAUCGCUUGAAAUAUGACGAGUUUUAUAUCAUAUGAUAUAAUAUGCAAUUUUAAAUAAGUUCGAUUUCAACUUUUUUUUUGUAAGUUAAAUUUAAUUGUUGACUUUUUAAAU